AUGAAAGAUAACAAGGAGGCUUACCACAUGGAGGAAGGCAGGAGGUAUGCAUCUAGGAGUCGCGAAAAGAUGAAUGCAGGAGGGAGAUACCAUCACAAGAAUGAACAUAACCAUGGCGGUUAUAGGAAGUCUUCCGUAGAUAAUUACCACAAAAGGAAUGAAGCUUCCAAUGUUGAGAGGGGUCGAAAUUAUUCGAGGGACAGGAGAGAUUACCACCAGCAUGUUCAACGUCAACACCAUCGCGAAAAUGGACAUGACGCAAAUAGGGGACACAGUCGAAGCCGCACACGCAGCCGUAGUCCAUAUCAUCAUAAGUUGGGAAGAGACAAAUAUUACAACAAAUCGCCGAAAAGAAAUCUUUCCAAAGAGAGAAACAGAAAUGCUGCCAUAUAUGACGAUCGAAACGGAGAGCGAAAGCGUGGUGAUAAGUACAAGUACGAGAAGGAACGUGGCAGCAAAUGGGACAGCAAGAACGGAGGCCACUACGAGCAUGACCGUUACGCGCAUGAGCGUUAUCCCCAUGAUCGUCCACAGUAUGAUCGACCACCGUAUGAACGUCCCCCGUAUGAUCGCCCUCCGUAUGAACGUCCCCCGUAUGACCGUCCACCAUAUGAUCGUCACCAACAUGAACGUUAUCCACAUGAUCGACCACAGUAUGAUCGUCCUCCUCAUCAACACCAUCCAGGUGGGCCAUACAACAGCCACACGUAUGAGUAUCGAGAAGGGCGCGAUGAACGAAUGAAUAUGAGGAGAUAUUCCCCAGGUGGAGACAGACAAAGAUACAUGUACGAAAAUGAAUCGAACCGAAUGGGCCACAAUAUCGGAAUGAUGAGAAGAGAACGACCAAGAGAGAUGAGGAAUUAUUUUUACAAAAAAGCAGACCCAUGUAAAAUUUUCGUAGGAAAUAUAUCCCCAGAAGCGAGAGAAGAAGACGUAAGGAGGAAAUUUUUAAAGUAUGGUGAUAUAGUAAACAUGCAGUGGAAAACAAGAUUUGCAUUUAUAGAGUAUGAAAAAACAUCCAACGCAGAGAUUGCCAUAAAGGAAGAAAAUGGACAAUUAUUUUUUGGAGAAGAGUUGAAUGUACAACCACAUCAUGCAGGUAACUAUUUUAACAACCGAAGUGACGGUCGUAAUUUUUAUCCCCCCAUAUAUAGAAGGAACUAUUCCCCCAAUGGAAAUGAAAUCAGAGAGAAGAAAAAUGCCUUAAGAAUUGUAAUAAAAAAUGUGGACGAAAAAGCUAGCUGGCAGGAUUUGAAAGACUUCGGAAGGGAUAUAGGAUUUGUCAAUUAUGCGAACGUUGUUCAGAACGAUAAGAAGGAAAGGUUUGGCAUUAUAGAGUACUGCAAUUACGAGAACGUAAAAAAAGCAGUGGAAGUGUUAGACGGUCGUAAGUUUAAUGGUAUUACCGUGGAGGUCAUGAAAUUUGCUGAUUCGCCACUCAACAUGAAGUUCAGGGGUGACGGUGAAGAUAGGCGGGACGGUAAUUCUCAUCACCACUAUUCUGGUGAUAAGGACAGGUCGUACCAUCGGGAAGGGUAUGAUGCGGAGAAGGGGGACUACAGGAGGGAGCGUUUUUAUGAACGAUCCCAUGACAGACAUGAUGACAGGGAUGACAGGCGUGACAGACAGGAUGACCGCAAUGAGAGGAACAAAUUUGGAAGAGACGAAAAGGAGGACGGGCAACAUGAUAAGUUGGACAGAGACCACCGAAGGGGAAGCAUCAACAGCGAUAGGAGAAGGGGCAGCUCACAAGAUAAAGGAGGAGCCGAUGGGGUAGACGCAAGAAAUAAGGAUGACAGAGAAGAUGGUAACGAUUUGGACAGGCAAAGUCAGUUAAGUGGAAGAAGAGGAAACAGCAAAGAUAAGGAGGAGAAUUUCGGUGAGGGGGAUAGGUUGUCCAGGAAAAGCGGUAGUAGUGCCCGCAGCGGCAGCAUCAGGAAGGACAAAUAUAGAAGCGGAGGAGCGGGCAGCACGGACGGCACUAAACAAACAAGGAACAACAGAAAUGACAGAAGCGAAAGUGCAGAUCAUCUAGCGGAUGACCAGCGAAGUUCUGUGAAAGGAAAAGACAAGGAGGAUGACUACUCUGUGGAUAAGGAAAGAGAGGAGGCAAUUAAAAACGACAGAGAGCUAAGCACACGGGGGGACGAUGAAGAUGAAAAUAUGUACCGUAGCGAUGAGGAAGGAAGUGUUCUGGGUUCUACGAAUGUGAGAGAUAAGAUCGAACAGAAUGCAGAUGGUGAGGGAGACCGUUAUAAUGGAAGCCGAAGCAGGAGCAGAAGUGUGAGCGUGAAGGCAAAGCAGCAGACGCGUAAGAGAAACACGAAAGGAAGACGAAAGGGAAGAAGGGCAUCCGAAGAUUCUUCCUCCAGGAGAGACCUACAGGAUAGUUAUUACAACGACAGUACGAACGACAAAUGGGCAGCUUCGAAGAAGGUGUGUGUGGACAAGGCAAAUUCGACUGAGAGUGGUUCGUAG